UCUCCGCCUCGAUGGAAGAGAGAGAGGACGGUGUUGACAGUUCCUCCGCUGUGGAUUCACCAGGAGUCAUUUCAUGCCUAUUUUGUACGAGAUUUUAGCUCAUUUACCAUAGUUUGUUUUCAGAUCAAUUUUUAAGAAAGUUCUCUUCCUGGAGUCUCGCAGCAUGACAAGUCUAUGUUGAAGACAGCGACGGUGAGGCAGGCCCCAUCCUGAGUCUGUACGAUGAAGAGCCCGGUGCACAGGUGCAGGGACGUGGAGAGGCAGGCUGCCUGCCUGCAGACUGAGCAGCCGUGUGUCCCUGUCUCCCAGCACAUCCCCAGCGGCAUGUGGUUUAUCAGGGACGCGUGUGGCAUCGUGUGCGGGGUUAUCACCUGGAUGUUGGUGUUCUAUGCUGAGUUUGUUGUGCUCUUCGUCAUGCUGUUGCCUUCUAAAAACCUGACCUAUAGCUUAGUCAACGGGACUGUGUUCAACACUCUGGCCUUCCUGGCUCUCGCCUCUCACUUCAGGGCCAUGUGCACCGACCCUGGAGCUGUGCCAACAGGGAAUGCCACUAAAGAGUACAUCGAGAGUCUUCAGCUGAAGCCGGGGCAGGUGGUGUACAAGUGUCCCAAGUGCUGCAGCAUCAAGCCUGACCGGGCACAUCACUGUAGUGUGUGUCAGCGCUGCAUACGGAAGAUGGACCACCACUGUCCCUGGGUUAACAACUGUGUGGGAGAGAACAACCAGAAGUUCUUUGUGCUCUUCACAAUGUACAUUGCACUCAUCUCCCUCCACUCUCUGGUGAUGGUGGUCUUCCACUUCCUGUACUGCUUCGAAGAUGAUUGGACAAAGUGCAGUUCCUUCUCACCUCCUGCGACCGUCAUCCUCCUCAUCCUCCUGUGCUUUGAGGCCCUCCUCUUCCUCAUCUUCACCUCUGUGAUGUUCGGGACUCAGGUCCAUUCCAUCUGUACAGACGAGACGGGCAUUGAACGUCUGAAGGGGGAGCAGGCCAGGUGGGAGAAGACUUCCUGCUGGGAGGCGAUGAAGUCGGCGUUUGGAGGGCCCUUCUCCCCAUCCUGGCUCAGUCCCUUCUCCGACCUCCGCUGUAAGCGGGAUCCCAAUGACCACGUGGCGCUGCCGCAGGGGGAGAUCGUCGAGGACGACGUCAUAGAGAUACCGCUGGUCUAGUGUCAUAGGACUCCCGUAGAACUAGAAUGAAUAGAAUGGGCGUGGAACCUCGCACCAUGGCAGGUAUUGACUGGUGAACUCCUGGGAACACUUGCUAUGGAAGCCUGGCGUUCUGAUCCAUUAUGGCGUCGUUGACUUAAUAAUUAGGAGGGUGACUACAUUUGUCCUAUGUCAGACAUGUACCAGUGUGUAUUAUACAUUUUUUUUUUUUUUCUGCAUAUCUCAACUCUCCCUGAGACACUCUCGGAGUGGGGUUGGGGGAGGGGGGGGGGAGAUCUGGACUAGGCUUUUAUAGAGAGAUGCCAGUUCUAUUCAUUCUAUUUCUAUACAGACUCCACUGGUCUAGUGCGGUGUCCUUCCCACAGUGCUGCUGCUGCUUGGACCGAAGCCUUAAAGGGACACUACACCAAAUGUCUUUUUUAAAGAAUGAGCCACAAAAUGUCCAGGUCGAUACCCCUGGUGAUGUGAACGAGGUACAAGUCCCAACGAAGAGGAGAGUUGGAUUGACCCAAACGGGCUCUUUCAGUACUCCAGAGCAUCUCCUGCAUACACAGCUCUACAUGGUUCAGUACGGGAAGACCUCUAGAAAAUGACCUGUGGACUAUGCAGAUUAUAGACAGUCCCGUUGCCUUUGAUCUUACUUCACUGAGUGCCUUUAUAAACUGUCAAGUUGAGAAUUGACAGUUACUGGCCUUGUUCUGCAUGGUAUGUAAAUGAGGUAGUAGCAAUUACUGGCCUUGUUCUGCAUGGUAUGCAAAUGAGGUGGUAGCAAUUACUGGCCUUGUUCUGCAUGGUAUGCAAAUGAGGUGGUAGCAAUUACUGGCCUUGUUCUGCAUGGUAUGCAAAUGAGGUGGUAGCAAUUACUGGCCUUGUUCUGCAUGGUAUGCAAAUGAGGUGGUAGCAGUUACUGGCCUUGUUCUGCAUGGUAUGCAAAUGAGGCGGUAGCAGUUACUGGCCUUGUUCUGCAUGGUAUGCAAAUGAGGCGGUAGCAGUUACUGGCCUUGUUCUGCAUGGUAUGCAAAUGAGGCGGUAGCAGUUACUGGCCUUGUUCUGCAUGGUAUGCAAAUGAGGUGGUAGCAAUUACUGGCCUUGUUCUGCAUGGUAUGCAAAUGAGGUGGUAGCAGUUACUGGCCUUGUUCUGUAUGGUAUGCAAAUGAGGUAGUAGCAAUUACUGGCCUUGUUCUGCAUGGUGUGCAAAUGAGGUAGUAGCAAUUACUGGCCUUGUUCUGCAUGGUAUGCAAAUGAGGUAGUAGCAAUUACUGGCCUUGUUCUGCAUGGUAUGCAAAUGAGGUGGUAGCAGUUACUGGCCUUGUUCUGCAUGGUAUGCAAAUGAGGCGGUAGCAGUUACUGGCCUUGUUCUGCAUGGUAUGCAAAUGAGGCGGUAGCAGUUACUGGCCUUGUUCUGCAUGGUAUGCAAAUGAGGCGGUAGCAGUUACUGGCCUUGUUCUGCAUGGUAUGCAAAUGAGGUGGUAGCAGUUUAACUUUUUCUAUCUGUAUUAUCAUGGCAGAGAAUUACAUGACCUUUACAAGUGUUUUAAUUAAAGGGCCUUUUCUAAA